UGGCAACUUUGGCGGUGCCCAACUCCGCGAACCACUUCGCCUCCUUUCUGCAGGACCGCUCUCCCAGCUCAUCUCCAGAGGACAUUGCUGUCAACUACCCCACCUUGGCUUUCCGAGCAGCACCUCCACUUCCCUGUUCUUCAGCCAGCUCACAAGGGUCUUAUGAAUCCAUGGGGAUGUUUCAACUCUGGAACAAUGAGGUGCCAUCACGCUGUCACACAACCAUGGCGUUUGGACGACCCAAGAUGCCAUAUCAUGAGCAGAUGGUGGCCAGCAGUUGUGGUGCCUCAGCCCAUGAGUUGCCGCUGACACCACCAGCUGAGGCCAUCUACUCCUUGGAGUGGUCACCUGUCAAGAUGUUGGCACCCACAGUGCACCCCUCGUAUACUUUCCCAGAAGCCCAGGACUCCUCCAGUUUUCUUCAAGGCCCAUGGCCUUUGGGUCCAGCUGUCCCUCCCGGCCCUUCCUCCACCGAUGAGGCCCCUUGGUGGACCCUGCAGCAGCCAAGCAAUUUCCCUCUGGGACAUCCACUAGUUCUCAGUCCCCAACCUCCCCUUGCGCCCUUCCUGCAAAGCCCUCCCAAAGGGCUGUUGAGUACAGCUCGCCGCUGUCGUCGCUGCAAAUGCCCCAAUUGCCAGGGAGCUAGCAGAUCCCAUGAGGAGCCAGGGAGGAAGAAGCAACAUGUCUGCCAUCUGCCAGGGUGCGGCAAGGUCUAUGGCAAAACCUCUCACUUGAAGGCCCACCUCCGCUGGCAUGCAGGCGAGCGCCCCUUCGUUUGCACCUGGCUGUACUGUGGGAAGAGCUUCACUCGCUCUGAUGAGCUGCAAAGGCACCUUCGGACACACACGGGGGAGAAGCGUUUUGGCUGCCAGCUGUGCCCCAAGAGAUUUAUGCGGAGUGACCACCUAGCAAAGCAUGUCAAGACCCACCAGGGAAAGCGGGUGCGGAGUGUGGCUGUUGUGACAGCAGCCGCAGUGAGCAUCAAGCGAGAGUGAUGUUAAAGAGGCCUAAAAGAGCAGAGAUGAGGUCAUGGAAGCAAGGCUACAGCAGGGUUACAGUAUCUGGGCUGCAAAAAUCUGGACAGCUACCAGAAAGCAGCAAAGAAAUGGGUUGUUUUACAUACUUUUGCUACCGUCUCACUGAUUUGGAGCCCUUGUUUAAUGUGCAACUGAAUUCAUUUUACACCCAACACUAAUUUUGCCCUAUCAUAUUUUCCCAAGAGCCUGGCAAUUAUAGAUCAGUGGGAUGCUAUGAAGACUCAGUCAGAAAAUCCUGCCAAUGUUGCCUAGCAAGAAUGAAUGAUUACUAGGUCCAUUAGUCAAUAGUGAUGCCUGGGCCCCCUCAAUUCUAUUGGUAUAAAAACAGGAGCAGGAAGAUAAUUCUUUUGUGUUAAGAAGCCAGAUAGUAUAUCCUGGCCUGUAGGGGACUAAAUGGCUCCCAGGUCACAAAACUACUGUUUCUGGAAGGCAAAUUGGUGAGUUGCUCCCCACCACUCCUUCAAUCCUCCCCUCCCUCACCCUAUGUUCCUUACAGCUCUAGAUUGCUUUUGGGAAGAGUGAUGAUGUUCUUUUAUCUAGGCUCAAGAGUACAUUUCUUACAGAAAACUGGGUUGCAAUGCAAAGUAUUUUUAUUUUCUAAAUGUGGUUAUUAGACCUGAAGGCAGUCUUGGGAAAUAAAAAGACUAGUGCUUUGCUUUGCGGCAUGUCCAUUUCCAACUAGCUUUUUAAAUUUUAUUUUAAAACAUCUUCAAAAUAUUACUGACAUGUUGGAUAAGGAGCCUAAUGGUGAUCAGGGAAGUGUCCACAGAAACAAUCAAAUGCAUGCAUUGAAUGGAAGUUAAUAGGAAAUUAAUGCCUUGGGUUACCUUGAGAAUUGGAAGCAAGUACAAAACAGAGUUGACCCACUUAGACGAAUCUAUAUACCGGUACUAUUAAAACUCUUGUAUCUGAUUGUUUGUAACCUUCAACUGGAUGAAACAGUGCAUCACAGGGCAACUGUUUUUCAAUCAAUGUAUCUCAAAUGAGAGAAUGCAGCCAAAAUCUGGGAUCCGUGACUCCUUCUGAUUGAAAUGUGGUGAAGUUGUAGCUACUUCAAUUUUGCUGCACUGCCAAAGUUAGCUGCAGCCAGCCAUGGUCGUGUAAAAAUCAUUUCCAAUGCUCCUUCCAACUUUCUACAAGAAGAGUCAGUGGGGAAGCUGUCAGGAAGUCGGAAAUUGCUCUUGCUCCCACUGGUUUGUUUUUGUUUUUUUUUGCCUGCCAAUAAUCAUUUGGUUUCUCCGUUAGAUAAGGAAGUAUCUCUGAAACAAUGAGCCAAUGCAGCAUGGGUUGUCUAGUACACUUUUAAAUAAAUUCUCAGAUAAAAUAAAGCCCCCUUUGAGUCAAGUGUGAUUUCUGGGGACUUGAUAAACACAUCAAUACAGUAAUUUGCAAGCA